CAUUCGUGAAGAAGCGCCCGGUUUGGGCGAUGGAUAGUGUCGUGCCGGGGUCUGUGAAAGUGAUAAAGUGAAAGUGGUCUACUUCAUUGAUAAACAUUUAGCAUCCGCCCCGAAGCCCGAACAUGAUAUCGGUUGCAAAGUUUCAAAGCUCCAAGCUGGGAAAGUUCUCGAUCCUCUUCCUGGCCGAGUUCUUCGGUACCGGCACACUCCUGUUCGGUGGCUGUAUGGCUGGGCUGGAUGGCUUCGGCAACGUCACCACGAACGUCAGCCGAGGGCUCGCCUUCGGAAUGGUCGUCAUGAUGGUCUUCAUAACGUUCAGCGCUACCUCCGGGGCCAUCAUCAACCCGAUUGUCACACUGGCGGCAUACAUCUGCGGCACUCUGUCGUUCCCACUGAUGAUCCUGUACAUCGUUGCCCAGUUUGCCGGUGCCCUCUGUGGAUACGGUUUGUUGCGGGCCGUCACACCCGCGGUCUACUACCAGCAGGCGCUGGAAGCCGGCUAUGGCCAUUGCGUGACGGCACCACACGAGAGCCUGUCAUCCGGCGAGGCCCUCGCCGUCGAGAUCUUCCUGUCCGGGGUGCUCGUGUGGACGAACUGCGGCGUGUGGGAUCCGCGCAACAGCAAGGACAGUGAUUCCGUGCCGAUCAAGUUUGCCCUUCUGAUUGCGGGUCUCUCGAUUGCCGGUGGCCCAAUCACAGGAGCCAGCAUGAACCCGGCACGCACGCUCGCACCGGCCAUUUGGAAUCAAUCAUUCCAUGGACUCUGGAUAUACUUUGCCGGUCCCACCGUAGGAUCGCUACUGAUGGCCACCAUCUACCGCUACGUUUUCUGGCAAACGACUGAUGACUCAAAGCCGUGCGCCAUGCCGAAGUCACCGUCCGCCUGUCCCCUGGAGGAGUCACCGUCACACGCCAAAAGUUUGCCCUAACGUGGCGCCGGUAUUCCCGCUUGGUUGAUCAUCAAUCAAUACCUCAGUCGGUUCACUUCAUUUUCGGUCGACAGUAACAAAAAAGAACUCAGUAUCGUGUAAGUCGUAAUAAAAACAAACCAUCAGGUUCCAUCCGCACGCGCACGCCGAACGUCGGCGGGCUCGGCGUCAAGUUAAUAUUCAGCCAUCCUUUCGUUCGGCACGUCGGCCCUCCGCAUUCGACCGUCAUGCGCGACCGACGGAUGUGCCGCCGAUCGACCUUGUUAUCAUCUACGAUAAGCUGCCCCAAAGGCGCCCGAUGUCCGCAGUCACCGAAGUCGUCAGUCAGGUUUCGUCGGCAGCGCGGUUCGGUCGAUCUUCGA